AUUUGAUGUGUGUCCCCGGGGACAUUUGAUGGAUUAAAGCUAAGCAGCUCCAUUUCGCAGCACCACCUGAUCUUCCGCUGCCUGUGCCCCAUAUAAAGGCUGGCGUGAUUGCUGAUCUCAGCUAGUCUGACAGUCUCUCUCUCCCUCCUCUCCCUGUCUGUCUCAUCUCUCCUCUUCCUCACUGGUCCUUCAGCCUGCUGCAUCACAGGAGCUAUCCAGUGCUGAACAGGAUCGCUUUUAUUUUUUAUUUUUGUAUUUUUCUGGGGGAGAGCUGGGGGAGCCAGAGAGAAUCACACAGCAUCGCCGUCAGCCUUGUUCUUUCUUCACCGGUUUCCAUUUUAUUUCUUAUCUUAUGUUUUCGGCCGCUGUCCUCACAUUUAACGGACGGAUUACCUUCAAGCCAGCUCCGCUCGCGUGCUUCCUCAGAGGGUCUCUUCUUUUCUCUCAUGCAUUUUUCUUCCCUCAGCUCUGUGUUUUUAUCCAUUGAAACAUGCCCCGCUCAUUUUUGGUGAAGAAAAUCAAGCUUGAUGAUUUCUCUUCGUCCAACGUGGCCACCUCCAAUCACCAUCACCACCUGGACGACUCCUUCACUUUUGCACGCUCCAUCACAGACUCGGUGACCAGCCUCGGGGUUCGUCUCAGUGAGAAUGGCUACAUCCAGGAUUACAUCACGCCAUCUGUAUACCAGGGGGAGAAGAAGAUGGAGCACAAGUUGUCCUCGCCAGUGUCAGACCCCCUGUACACCCAGGUGAGCAGCGGAGAGGAAUACUGUGACCCCGACCUGAAGCACCCCGACAGCCCCCAGUCCGGCAUGACAGCCAGCGGCUUCUACAGUGGUGAAUCGGAGGCCCUGGCCGAGGGUUACACCAUGGAUGCCUUUUUCAUCUCUGACGGACGCUCCAGGCGAAAGGGGGACAGCGAGAGUCGUGAAGGGGGCUCAAGAAGCAGCAGCGCCAACGCUGGGGCUCAGGAGAAGGGAGCCGGCACUCCUCGCCAUACCUGCAAUGAGUGCGGCAAGACGUACGCCACCUCCUCCAACCUCAGCAGACACAAGCAGACGCACCGCAGCCUGGAUAGCAAGAUGGCCCGCAAGUGUCCAACCUGUUCUAAAGUGUACGUGUCCAUGCCGGCGUUGGCCAUGCACAUCCUCACCCAUGACCUCAAGCACAAGUGCGAUGUGUGCAGCAAGGCGUUCAGCCGGCCGUGGCUCCUUCAGGGCCACAUGCGCUCGCACACGGGGGAGAAGCCCUUUGCCUGCGCCCACUGUGGCAAAGCCUUUGCUGACCGUUCAAACCUCCGCGCCCACAUGCAAACACACUCUGCCUUCAAGCACUACAGAUGCAAGCGCUGCAAUAAGACCUUCGCUCUCAAGUCCUACCUGAACAAGCACUACGAGUCCGCUUGCUUCAAGGGCUCCGCGGACGAAGACGACUCUGGAUCAGAAAACUAACCACGAGGAAGAAGAAACAUGUUGAACCACCAAUAACCCUGUUCACUCUGCCCUCCAUGCCUUUUUUCUUCCCUUUUUUUAGAAAGCAAUAUUUUCACUGAGAUUACGUGAAGAAACUUUAAUGAUUAUGGCAAAGACAAUUUCAAAAGAUGCUGGAUUUUUUCCCUGCACAGUAGCUAAUCGUCCACAGAAACAUACAAUCAAACAACCUUCCCCCAAAUAGAGACUGUAGAUGAUAGUUGUACACAAUGAUGUGCUCACAUGGGUGUGGGCUCAUGUGAACACACACUUUUACUCACACGGACAUGCAUGCAAACACACACACUCACACACACACACACACACACACACACAUACACUUGUACUUCAAUCUUUGUGAGGGCGCUCAUUGACAAUGUCUUUCCCAUAUCAUGAUAUUAACCUUCAUAACUAAACGCCUCACACCAACGUUUACCCUGAACACAAUUCGAACCCUUUGAAUUUGUGCAAAUCGGCAAAAAUGUCCUCACUUUCCCAAAUGUCCUCACGCUGAGGUUUAUGUCUUUGGUCCUCACAAUGAGUAGAAGUACAAGUACACACAAACACUUACACAAACAAUUAUAUAUGAGGCCUGGCAUGUGAAUUUUUAUCAAUGACUAUAAUGAUAUUGAUAUCAAUAGUAAUAAUAUUUAGAUUCUUGAUAUUUUAUAGCAAAUAGUAAUGAGAAAAUGAAAAAAACACAAAAAAGGACUAACAGUGUUCUUUUGAUUUUUAGAGACAAAAUGACCUCUUGUAUUUUUAUGCUGCUUUUUAUUUGCUAAGAAUUGAAUUCUUUUGCAACUGCCAACAUGAACUUUUUAUGAAAAUGUGAACUAUGACAGUAUUUGCAAAAAAGGGAGAUCAUUUUAAAAGGUAAAAAGAAAAACCCUGUUUCCACCAAUGUUUCAAUUCAACGGAUGUUAUUUUUGUAUUUGAUUUUUCUAAAUUUAUUUUUUUGUGCUUAUUAUCCCUAGUUGAUCAAAAGCAUCUUUGUAACUGUGGGUAUUUUAACAUUUGAAAUAAGCUGUUGAUAAUAGGCCAUAGGUCUUUCGGUUCAGUUGUCCAAGUGAAACAUGUACCAGGCCUGUUGAACAGGUUAUGACACAACACAUCUGAUCAAAAUCAUAUUCUCACUCUGAAGAACGGGCUUGGACUCAAACACAGUGAGACCCAGAAGUGACAUGUGCGGUUGUUCUUCCUUCAUGGUGCGACACCCAGACCAACAGUCUGCCAGUGUUCCAGGUGCUUCCCCCGUCACCUCAGAGUGAAUAUGGACACGCCCUCAGUUACAAAGUGUCAGUCUGUUUUAUAUGUCGCUCGAAGCUCCGCCCACGGUUUAGAUGCGUACCAUCUAUUUAUCAUGUAAAUACUUUAUUUGUCUACCUAUUUAUGUAUUAAUUUAUCUAUGUUAUUAUUUAUUGACCUCAUUUUUGUGUAUUUAUUGAAGACUUCAUUAUUUGUUCAUUAUCAUGUAUUUAUUUAUUUAUUGUUUCAAAUUUAAACAAUGAACAUCCAUUGACCUUGUAAGAUGCUGCUGAUCUUCAAAGAAAAUGUUUAUAUGCAUGAAAACUGUAGAGAGUCCACGGGACUUAGUUUUUUAAAGAGGAACAAUGUACAGUACCAGUGCUAGAAGGCGUCAAACACAUGAAUGCAGAAUUAACUUUUGUUUCCAUGGCAAUAACUUAUACUGACACAGCAAUUGACAUGUAUAACAAUCACAGCUGUCCUGUUUUCAGUCCAUUUAGGGCAAUAAAAAGAAAUGAUGAAAACAAAAUACCAAAAUAUUCUCCAUCUUGCUGUUUCCCAAAAGGCCACGCCUCCUCAUGACCGGAGGUUUGCCCCUUAAUGUCUUUGAAUCUUAGGCAAUAAAUAAUUCCCAGAAAUGGAUGACCUUAUUGAAAAUGUAACGCUUUCCAAGAAUGUAGGUGUAAUUUAGUUACACAGCAAUAACGAUAGUGAUGCAGUGACUAUGAGCAACAUGUGGUCAUUUGUCUGGUUCCUAAUUUUUCUUCAAUAUCAGUACUUUUGUUUUUAAGAGCAACCAGGUAAUGAAAUCUCCUCUGACAGCUGAGGGCAGGCGUGAUUUAACAUGACAUAUGAUAUGAUAUGACAUCAUGAUCAUUUAGGUCAUAAAAAACCAUUUUCAAUAUAGUUAUAAUAAUAAAAAGUCACCACUGCUCCCAUUUAAAUUCGAGAGAAUCCUGCUGAGCUAAUAUAGAGACGACUGUACGUUUCCACCCCCCCCCCCCCCUCCCCCACACACACACACCAUCGUCCUCAACUGCCUCUGAACAGACGCACCAGGAUGAGAUGUGUUGAAGUGGGACCGGCGGUGGGUGGUGGAGUGUGGGAGGAGAACAGGUGUUUGCAGACAGACUGCAGAUAGGCAGCGUAAUGAGUCGGUGAGCGACCUCCAAGGGGAAGGUCAAGCACCAGCAGGCAAAUGCACUGUCAGCUAUUUGCAUAUUUCGAAUCAAUGACACGAUCGCAGUAAUGCUGAGCUCGUCUUAAACAACAACAACAACAAACUGAGGAGAAAAGACAGGAAAGAGGAUUUCCACCAUGGCCUGAACCAGCGGUGAUGGACUCAGAACAACACACUGUACUUCCAACAGAUUAUUUUGUGUAGGUUUUAUAUUUUACUGUGGUGUUUUAAAAGGGCAGAUGAAAGGAUGUGGGCUUGUUGUCUGAGUCAGAUCAUCCUCAGAGGAAAAUACCGAUUACAGAACAGGAGGCACAAUUUGAAUCUGAAAUUCUGAAUUUAGAUUUAGGGAAACAUUGUUCCUCUUUGAUAAUUUUGUAAAUAUAUUUGUAAAUAUAUCACAGCAAUAAUAUGACAAUGCAUGUAGACAUUUAAUUGCUCUUUUUCUAUUCAUGUUGUCUUUUUUUAUUAAAAGGAAAAGACAAAUACAGGUACCAGUUGCAGUGUGGGCGGCCAUAUGAAUCAGGGAGUGUGAUUAAAAUGCUAUUUGUUGUAAGCUACAAACACAAACUUCCAACUCUGUGUAUUCUCAAAGAUUUGACCAUGUUCUGUAUGAUUUCUCUGUUCUUGUUUUCUUUUAUUUAUGUGGCCGGCUUGGCUGCGCAAUGAGAAAGUGCCAAAAAGUAUGAUUUCCAUGACAAAAGCCUUCAACAUAUGGUCGGCUGCUUGAAACCUUCCAUAUGGUCCUCAAAGAAAAAAACUGAUGAAGAUGUUCCACUCUCUCUCUCUCUGUUCCAGCUGAGUGUGAAGAAACUUAAGCCAUGAUCGCUGAGGGUGAUUUGAUUUAUCUUGUUCUGCGAUUAAUAAUGAUGACAACAAUAGCAAUGAUAACGUUAAUAAAAACAAUAGCACAAGGAA